GAAUUGCUCCUCUUUCAAGGGUUGAAUUCACAGUUCGUACUGAAUUAGCGCUAAGAUUACACGCGGAUUGGAUGGCAGCAGAACAGGCAGCGUGUCUUGGUGACGAACCGAAUUUGAAGAUACGUGAUCGAAAUCGAACAGAGUUUGAGAAGAAUUUGACAUUUGCUGGCUUCGUUGUGAUCUCAUGCCCCUUAAAACCGGAUACGAAGGCAAUGGUGAAAGAAAUAGCAGAAUCAUCGCAUAGAGUAGUAAUGAUCACUGGCGAUAAUCCUCUUACUGCUUGCCACGUUGCUAGAGUUCUUCGAUUCACAAAAAAGUCAGCGCCAAUUCUUGUAUUGGAUGAACCUGAAGGCUUUCAUAUAUCUACUCAGCAAGCACUAUCAUUUCCUCCGCUGCAUCAUGCCUCAUGUAAAGAUAUUUGCCAGAAUGGCGCCGAAACAAAAGGUCGCGCUUGAAA